CGCGGGGCUGUCCGCGGCCGCGCCGGUCUCAGCCUAUCUCGCGACCCGUCCCGACAGUCCCCCACCUCGGUCUGCGCUGCAGGGUGGCCCUCCGGCCUCGAGAAUUCAGCCGCGGGUCGAGGCCCGCCAUUUGACGAGGGACAGUCGCGGUAGGCGGUGGGGAAGGUGGCCCUCGACGGAGGCGGAGGCCCUGGUCGGGCUGCGACAUGGCGGCGGCGGUGCGAGCUGCGGGCCGCCUACCUGCGCUGUGGGGCUUGCGGUCGGGUCAUUUAUGGUGCAAACAGCUUUCCCUAAACACCUUUCCAACUGCUUCUAUUUUGGCGUUGAAGACUGCUCUCAGCAGUGGCUCUUUGUCAGCACUGGGAACCAGAGACAACCAUCAUUGCAUCAGCUUGAGCCAUGUGCUGCAGACACAAUGCUGCAUUUCUUCUCCCAGUAACUUGAUGGGCCAGCAAUGUAGACCCUAUAGUUUCUUCACUAAAUUGACAGCAGAUGAGCUAUGGAAAGGUGCUUUAGCAGAGACUGGUACUGCAGCAAGAAAAGGAAGAGGCAAAAGAACUAAGAAAAAGAGAAGAAAGGAUUUGAACAGGGGUCAGAUCAUUGGUGAAGGGCAUUCGGGUUUUCUGUGGCCUGGUCUGAACGUCCCUCUUAUGAGAAAUGGAAUACUGCAGACCAUUGCCCAAAGAAGCAAGGAAGAGCAGGAGAAGGUGGAGGCAAACAUGGUCGAGAAGAGAGAAGAGUGGGACCGGAGGAGGAAGAUGAAGGUUAAACGGGAGCGAGGAUGGAGUGGAAAUUCAUGGGGAGGCCUCAGUCUUGGUCCCCCUGACCCCGGUCCCAAUGGAGAAACGUAUGAGGAUUUUGAUUCCAGGAUACUUGAGGUAAGAAAUGUUUUCAAUAUGACGGCAAAAGAGGGAAGAAAGAAAUCAGUCCGGGUCCUGGUCGCCGUGGGGAAUGGAAAUGGAGCUGCAGGUUUUGCUAUUGGGAAAGCCUCUGAACGAAAGGAUGCUUUUAGAAAAGCAAAGAACAAAGCAAUUCGCUAUUUGCAUUACAUAGAACGAUAUGAAGACCAUACAAUAUUCCAUGAUAUUUCUUUAAGAUUUAAAAGGACACAUAUCAAGAUGAAGAAACAACCGAGAGGUUAUGGCCUCCACUGCCACAGGGCCAUCAUCACCAUCUGCCGGCUCAUUGGCAUCAAAGACAUGUAUGCCAAGGUCUCUGGGUCCAUGAACAUGAUCAGCCUCACCCGGGGCCUCUUCCGUGGGCUCUCCCACCAGGAAACCCAUCAGCAGUUGGCUGAUAAGAAGAGUCUCCAUGUUGUGGAAUUCCGGGAGGAGUGUGGCCCUCUGCCCAUUGUGGUUGCUUCCCCGCAGGGGCCCUUGAGAAAGGAUCCAGAGCCAGAAGAGGAGGUUCCAGACAUCAAACUGGACUGGGAUGAUGUGAAGGCUGCACAGGGAAUGAAGCGCUGUGUGUGGGCAGGUUUAAAGAGAGCCGCCACCUAACCUUCCCUCUGGCCUUGUACAGCCAGUUCCUCAUGCUCUCUGGCACCUGGGAGAGACUCAACCCUUGUACCUUAGGAUGUCUUUUUUUAGUUUUUUUGAGGAAAGUCCAACCGUAACUCCUUAUUUACAAAUAAAUAAUUAAUAGCUUA